UCGUUAAAUUAAGAUGGCUGCCCCCUUGGAGUUGUACUGCUGGAAAGGCGAUUGGGGUUUACCUUCUGUAGAUUCGGAUUCUUUGACCGUAUUGGCCUAUGCCAAGUUUGCGGGUGCGCCACUCAAGGUCCACAAGAUCACCAAUCCCUGGAGAAGCCCCACAGGGUCCCUGCCAGCGCUGAAGACCAGAGAGGAGGGGAGUCUCUCCCAGCCCAGCAAGAUCAUCAUCCACCUCAGGAAACAGAAAUACAAUGCCGACUAUGACCUGUCAGCCAAGGAGGGGGCAGAUACCCUGGCCUUCAUCUCAUUGCUGGAGGAGAAAAUGUUGCCUGCACUGAUUUAUGCCUUAUGGCUGGACUCCAAGAACUACGUUGACGUGACGCGGCGCUGGUACGCCGAGAAUAUCUCCUUCCCGUUCAACUUCUUCCUGCCCAACCGCAUGCACGGUCAGCAGCUGGAGAGGCUGCGGCUGGUGCGGGGUGACAGCGGGCUGGAGCCGGGCGACGACAUCGAGAAGGAGCUCUAUCGUGAUGCAUUGGAGUGUAUGACCCUCCUCUCUCAGCGCCUUGGCUCCCACAAGUUCUUCUUUGGAGACUCCCCCUCCUCUCUGGACGCCUAUGUGUUCGGCUACCUGGCCCCGCUCGUGAAGAUCAAGCUGCCCAGCGGCAAGCUUCAGCAGCACCUCCACUCCUUGGACAACCUGAGGCACUUCUGCACCAAUAUCCUGACCCUCUACUUCCCCGCAGAGGGGCGUGAGGCCCCCUCCCGCAAGAUGUCCAGCCAGCCUGAUGCGGGGGACUUUGACAACGAGCCCAACAAGAGGCGCAACCAGGUGCUGUCUGUGCUGGUGGCCCUGGGGGCCAUGCUUGGCUACGCCAUCCUGACCGGCAUCGUCUCCAUCCAGCGAGUCCGCCAGGAGGCACUGGACAGCUCCGCGGGGCACGGGGACCACUCCCACGACAGCGAAGAGGAGGAUGAGUGAGAACGGAGGAGAUGGAGGGGGUGGGGUGGAGGCAAGCGCAUUGCUGCGCCCGUUUGGGACUGGGACGAGGGGGGCGGUCUGAGGACCAGAGGCUGUACUCUGUUUCGGACACAGCCCAGGUUCCAGUGUGGUAAAACCUAUUUUCAUCCAGGUCCGAGGUGAUAGAAUAGCAUGUGAAAAAAUGCAUUGGUGUUGUUCUGAUGUCAAGGUUCCUACACUAAGAUAUCUAUGGUUAACUCCUCCAAGCAGGCAAGAAAAUUACAGAGGAAAAAGAAAAAGAAAAAGAAGAUGGUUAUUAUGAUACAUGGAGAUGGUUAUUUCAAAUUAAGGGUCUUAAUUUGACAUCCAAACAGCAUCCGUUGCUUUUUUAUAUUUUAUCAUAUCAUUUCAAACCUGGUUGAAACGGGGUUCGGUAUCAUCUUCAGGGACAUAAGAGUGUUUAAGGUUUUUCUCUCCACAGUUACUCUGAAGCCUGCAUUGCAUGAUAAUCAUGGAUUGCAGUCUUUUCAUCUGAUGAGUGUCCAGAUGCUUAUUUUUCUUACUUUUGUUGGUGCUUCAAUGUUCCGCAAAGGUCAACUUUCCAGUGACAAACACCAGUGUCACCAAUGUGCCGGGGACUUCAGAUCAACAUCGACAAAGGUCUGCCGCUCAUGUUAAGUUCAAGUUUUGUUUUCCAUUGGUUUCACAUUGUUCAGUGUGCGUUCAGGUUUCCCUUGGAGCAAAUGGAAGUUUGACUCAAUUUCAGGUCAUUAAAAAAGAAAAAAAAAACUGCUGAAACAUCUUUUACAGGGAAUUGAAUUUCCUUCUUUUUUUUUUUUAGUACUGUUCUCCUGUGCUUGCCAAAAUUCCACCCUCUGAGCUCACUGCUCUGAUGCCCCGCCCUAGAAUCACAUUGGGGAAAAAAAAUAUCAGAAUAAAUAAAUACAUGCUGCUGUAAGGAAGGGAAAGGUUUGGCUUCAAGGCAAACUAUUAAAUGCUGGAUUCCCAAAAGGCCUGUGGAUUGUUGUGUUCUGCUCACUUGCCAUGGAAAUGAAGAGAGUUUGGGCCUGUCACUGCCUCCCUUGCACAAUCCCUGCAAAAUGACUGUGUUGUUUGUAGAAAUGCUGUUACCUCGUGCUAACUGAUGAACAGAAGCCUAUUCUGUGGCCAAGUAUUACAGACCAGGGUCCUUAUGGAAUUUUAGAGCACUGUGUUUAUGGCCAGUAGGGAUCACCAAAUGAGGGACACAAUAUCCCAGUGCAUUUGUAGUUCCUGUGACACCAAAUAACUAGAAUAUUAAAGUGUAACUUCAACCUGAGAAUAGAAAAAUGUAAGGCCUGGAAAAGUGGAUGCUAUGUGCCUGCCCUUUUACGGUGAGGUGGUUUUCCCUUUCCCUUUGAUAGGGUUGAGUGUUCAGCAUUUUGCUAGGCUUGCUCUUGAAACUGGAGCGCGUUUGUUUUUGGGGUUUUCUUUUGCCUGCAUUACUUCACCCUGUCCAAGCUCUUUCGUUCUCAUUAGCUUGCCCAGCAACUGCACUGCAACUCGAUCCACCAUUUCCUGCCCAUUGCUUUCCAUGAAAUUUUCUGCAGUGGGACAGAUCGCAAGGUUUCUGCCCUGCUGUUGCGUGCAUUUGCAGCCAAGGCAUGUGCCAGUGAGGAACAAUUCAGCAGAAAUACAAGAGCAAUAAAAUAUGACAGCCGGCUAUUAUAAUUUUUGUUCAGCUGGUGUAUGGUCUGAUACUAAUCUUAAACAUGGAAACUGGACGUUCCUUGGAAUAUGGCUUUAUAGCAGUUCAUUUGCAGUUAGCGAGAAAGAGAACAGAAUCAACUCAGACUGACCCAGUGUUGAGUUUCAUUUUUCUCUGACGGCACACUUUCAGAGUCCUGUGUGGGUGUUUAGGCUGCAACAGAGCGAGGUGAACAGUUUUACAGGGGCCACAAAAUGAUGUAUGAAUUACCUUCUCUGAGCUCCCAAACUGCUAAACAAUGUGGGUUAGCAGUGCUGUUAUGCCAGGUCAAAGACACAAUUGAUUAAAACAUGGAGGUAUAUGCACUUGAUGUGGGACCACAAUUCACCAUUUUGACAUCUUUUGAGUAUGUGGAAAAAUAGGGAUGAUAUUUAUUGUACAACUGAAUGAAUGGAUUUCUUCGUGAUUGCAGUCUAUGCUCCCAAAAGUCAAAGCACUUAUCAAAAAUCUUGUGUUCCAUCUUAUGUCAGUUGUGUAAUUUGAAUUGCAGAGCGCCGUUUUCGUUAUUGUUGACACGGUCAGCAGUUCACCACUAACACACUAAGUAAGGCAGGACUUGUAAACCAAAGUUUGCUGGUUCAGUUUUCUCAUGAGCCACUGUCUUUCUCCCCUGGGCAAAGUAAACAUCCAGCUGCAAUAAUGUAUAACAUGUAAAACUGUAGGAGUCACUGGAUUAGAACAUCUGCUAAGCAAAUGUAAUGUCACCUAGACAGACAGGGAAACAAAUGUAAGUUCUUCACAGUGGGGAUUGUUGGGCUGCAGGAUGGGUUCAGUUGGCAGGUUGUUGCCCCACUGUUCACAGAGAUAGUUAAUGGGAGAUGAAGUCCAGAGAGAGUUUUAAAACACUCUUAAAAUUAUAACUAUGGACUUCAGCUCCUACCAGGCCUUGCCCCAGUGUUUGCCCGGUGAACUCACCCCUGGUUUAGGUUCAAGUGGACGCAAGUGUGGCUAGGAAGGGACUUUGUUAGUUUGGGACUGUCAGGUGUGAUCAUUUGUUACUGAUGGGCCAAUGUGGAGACCAGACCCCAUCAAAAGGAGUUGAAGCGCUGGAACUGACCACGUUGGAUAGAACCCCAAUGGCAUUCUCAGUAUGACCAAAAGGAUGUGAUUCUUAACAGAGCCACUGUGGGCAUUCACAACUCCCCUCCUCUCUGCCCACCGGGUUUUCCAGGGUGAUGUAAUGUAAAAAUGUAAUUUUUUUUUGCUUCAUAUGAAGGUGAUUAAAAUAUGGG